ACGCAAACGUGCGCUCAACGCAGGAGGGAGAUUCAAGAAGAACUUCGAGAGCUAGUGUUUCAUAUUUCCGUUGUUAAAGUCGCGUGCCAGUGCCAUGGAAACUGAUGGUGACAUACAAACCACACCGAAAGGUUUUCAUUGCAAACUAUGCAACGUCAACUUACCAAACAUGCCGAGUGUGGAUCAGCAUGUCAGCGGACGGAAACACACCACGCUGUGCAAGGUGAGAGCCACCAGGAAGGACCAGGAGGAGCACAGCGUGUUUGUCAGUGGCCUGAAAUCUCACGUCGCUCAGACAGACCUUGUUGAAUACUUCCAGCAGUUUGGACCUGUUGAUAAUGUUGUCUUGGAUAAAAACAAGGGUGUGUUUGCAAUCGUGCAGUUCAGCGAGACGGCAAGCAUCCAGGCCGCUUUGACCUGUGUGGAGCACCGCCUGAAAGGCCUCAAGCUACGGGUCAAACCGAAAAAAAGGGAGGAGUUCAAGUUGAUUCAGAAGAAGAAUGAUCCACAGAACUUGCAACAAGUUUUUGAACGCCUAAAACCAGAGCUGUGCCAACUGUCAUGUGUGAAAGAGCAGAUGGAGCACAUUGUCACACGUUUUCAACUUGGAGAGAUGGAAAAAAAAGCCAGAGCUUUGCUUGUUAAGCUGCUGCAGGAGGUUUUUGUAGAGUUCUUUCCAGACAGUGAGAUUCAUCCAUUUGGCUCCUCCGUCAACAUGUUUGGCAUCAAAUCCUGUGACCUGGAUUUGUUUUUGGACCUGGACAACACUAAGACUUUCCAGGCUCGGGCCAGAACUUCAUCAGAACAGGCUGUGGAGGGAAUGUCUGACGAUGGCCGCUCAGAGGACUCCAUUCUCUCCGAUAUCGACUUGACCACAGCUUCUCCAACAGAGGUUUUGGAGCUAGUGGCAACGAUCCUCAGACGCUGUGUACCGAGUGUGCACAAAGUCCAUUUGGUCAGCAGUGCCCGUCUUCCUGUGGUCAAGUUUCACCACCGCGAGCUCAACCUGCAAGGCGACAUCACCACCAACAACAGACUAGCCGUGAGAAACACCCGCUUCCUCCAGCUGUGUUCAGGGAUGGAUGAGAGACUGAGACCCCUGGUCUACACCAUCAGACACUGGGCCAAGCAGAAGCAACUGGCAGGUAACCCCAGCGGAGCUGGACCCCUGCUCAACAACUAUGCUCUCACCCUGCUCAUCAUCUUCUUCCUGCAAAACUGUGACCCACCUGUGCUGCUGACAGUGGAUCAGCUCAAGGGUCUCGCCUGUGAGGAGGAGGAGUGUGUGAUUGAGGGAUGGAACUGCACCUUCCCCAGUCAACCCAUCGCAGUUCCACCUAGCAGCAACAGACAGGAGCUCCCUUCACUUCUGGCCGCCUUCUUUGCCUUUUACGCAAAGUUUGACUUUGCCAGCGCCGUUAUAUCCUUGAGAGAGGGCCGUGCUUUGCCCAUCACAGGCUUCCUGUGUCCCGCCAAAGACGGUCAAGUCAAGGAACAGGAAACCGCCUCCAGGGGGCCAAAACUGGGUCCCAUGAAUCUGCUGGACCCAUUCGAGCUCUCACACAAUGUUGCCGGUAAUCUGACCGAGCGCUCUGUGCGGAGCUUUCAGAGGGAGUGUCAGGAGGCCGAGAAGUACUGCCGCAGCCUCCAGUACCAGCGCAAGUCCACUAAAGGGAAGUCCUGGGGUCUGGUGCGCUUGUUCAACCCCCAGGGUGAUCGUCCACAGACCAGGAUGGAGCAGAUGACCAUCAGCAUCCCCUUCCAGCUGGCGCAGCUCUCGGAGGAGCUACGUAAGCAGCUGCAUGAGGCUGGAGAUAGGUUUCGUAUGUUGUGGUUCCAGAGAGUCUGUGCCGCUGUGGAGGACGUUUUCCGCAAUGUUCUCAAGUGUGACUUGGCUGCCGGGACAGACUCAGGCUUCGGCCAGGACACUCUCAAGGAGACAUUGCUCGACACGUCCGCCAACGACAGCAUAGAAAGUGUGGAGUCAUGUGAUGCAGUGGUGGUGGGGGUCAAGAGGUCGUUGUCAACUGACAGUGAACCGUCAGAGUCGCCUCAGAGCAAAAAGCAGAGAGUCCCCAAAAAGAUCAAAUGUGAGUGGGUGUGGGUUCAGAGUCAUGUGGUCUGGGCUGGCCGGAGGAAAGUACGGCGAGAGCUGGUCAAGGACACGGACACGAGGCCAGAGGGAAGCUGCAUGGCCGUGGAGUCGCAGGUCACCUCUCACAUCCUUCAGAAAGAGCCGGAGCUCAAGGAACCGCUGGAGUUCAAGGUUCGCCCUCAGAUACUAGGUGGCACCGAGAGCACCGUGGCCGUGUUGAAGAUGGAGCCACGCAGUGACUCCUCCGGGGUGUUCCAGGAUUUCUUUCAUUUCCUGGAGGCUUUCUUGCCCAAAAUGGUGCAGACACUUCUGCAAGGAGAAGCCAUGUGACAUUGAGUCUGUAAACAUGUCAUAACGCUGCAGAUGUUUUAUUUGGUAUGAUUUGGUCCUAACAGCCUCUUGUGUUCCUUCCUUGUGUAGUAAGGCCACAUUAUCCAGGAGCAGUGGAGUCAUGAGGCCCUUGUUUUGGAACGACCUGGUAUCAUGGCUUUAUGUCAUUCACUACAUGAAGAAAUAAUGUCAUCCUGAAACCUUGUUUUGCUGCAUUGAUUCACAGCUGCUCUCUAAUUCAUUGGCUACAAGCAAUAGCAAUUACUUAUAUAUUUCAUUUGGUAUAUAAGGUUAUAGGUUAUAUGAUCUGAGUUUUUACAAGUUUGAAUGUGGCAAACUUUAUUUGAAAUUGUGACUUUUCAUCACAGAAUUCUUGUGACGCCUACAGAUCUUCCAACUGCCAGAUCAUGCAGUCUUCUGUACCUGUAGAGUUUGUUUUCGUUGUGGGCGCUUAAGACUUGAUGCUGCACACUUGCGUUUAUUACUCAGCUUUUUAGGUUCGGUAGCCUGUUCUAGAGUGAACUUUGCCAAUAACAUGAUGUAUGUGUUAGUACAUAAUAGUAAGCAAUUGGUUUAACUGAUUACAAUUAAUUCUUGUGUUCCAUAACAGUGUUUAUUACAUGGUUAUUACAUGCCAUAACACUCGCACGUCUCUGAGUGAGCGUGUCUAUUUUGCCCUGAAUAUGACGCUCGAAAGGCUUUCAUGCUGGUGGGGGCAAAUGUCAGUGGAAGGAGUAGAAAAGGAGAUGAGGAUCUUUUGUUGUACUAAGAAACUCCUUGCUUUAUUUUGUGGUGUUAUUACUCAUAUACUGUGAGUUUCCCCCUCCUUUACUGUAAUAGUGUGUUCAUUUGUGUUGGCAUCAGGAGAGCACUCCACUGAGCCAGAAUCUUCAUUUGCAUCUACGCCUCUUUAUUGAGAGGACUUGACACUCCAAUGGAAGAUAUUAUUUCAAACACCAAUAAAAAUGGCUUUCAAAACCGAAUCUCCAUCAAUAUUGCUUCUGUGAGGUCAAUCCUUCAUCCAAUCAGGUGGUUGCUCUCAUGACUGAGACAAAUGUCUGUAAUUACCUGUUUAUUAUCGUUGUCAUCUCUGCUCUCAAGAGUGAUGUCGACUCUCAUGAGUCACAGUAUUGACAAGUUAUUUGAGAUGUACUAAUAUCAGCACAGUUAUGGGAACU